UUGAGGGAUGAAUUUCGUGCAGAACCGCAAAAUACAAGAGUCGCAGCUGGAGAGACUGCUUUGUUAGAAUGCGGGCCACCGCGGGGUCAUCCGGAGCCAACGCUACAUUGGAAAAGGAACGAGGUACGACUGGGCAUUCACCGAAAAUUGCUUUUCUUUUGUACACGCAGUAUCACCUUGGUAGACGGAGGAAAUUUGAUGAUCUCGGAUGUCAGGCAAACUGACCAGGGAAAAUAUCAAUGCGUUGCUGAGAACAUGGUGGUGAAGCCGUUCUUCUUGUCGACUCCGGCGAAUCAGACGAUCCUGUCUGAUCAGACGGCGGAAUUCGCUUGCCGCGUGGGCGGUGAUCCCUCGCCUGAGAUCCUGUGGCGAAGAAACGAUGGGAAAAUGCCGAUCGGGCGAGCGCACAUUUUGGACGACCGAAGCUUGCGAAUCGAGAGAGUAACGUCGCAAGAUCAAGGCACGUAUAUCUGCGACGCUGAGAACAGCGUCGGUGCCAUAUCUGCGAGUGCAACGUUGACAGUGCAUUCGAGACCGAUGUUCAGCAGUUUCCCGAAAGACGAGACAGUUGCCGUCGGAUCGAACGUUUCGUUUAGCUGCGCGGCUCGUGGCGCCCCACAGCCUUCGAUCUUUUGGACCCGGGAAGGUUCUCAGGAGCUCAUGUUUCCUGGAAACGAAUACCAAGGACGUUACAGAGUUACAGAGGACGGAAGUUUGCACGUUAAGAGCGUAAUUGGCAAAGACGAGGGACACUACGUUUGCAGCGCAAUCAGCCAGGCUGGUGCGAGCACAGCUACCGUCUUUCUCCAGAAUCUUCAAUCGAGCGACACGGGAACGUACAGGUGUGUUGCCUCCUCGGAAUCCGGGAACGCGUCAUGGUCGGCCAGUUUGACGGUUAGUCCGGGAACGACGAGCUAUCGGAACGUCGUCGCAGUGGCAGACGUAUCUCGGCUGUCGCUUCCCGAAAGUCCCAGCAAAUCGAGAAUAGUGAACACCACCAGCAGCACGGUCACGCUCACCUGGAGUCCGGGACACGAAGGCGCUGCCAAGAUAAUCGAUUACACCGUCGAGUACUUUGCUACGAAUCCAAAGACGAGCUGGAUCGUUGCCGGGACGGGAAUUAAAGACGACAUUUAC